AGCGCUACUGGCAGCAGUUAGUGGAGAGGCUGGCCCCGGGGCGUGAGUUACGGCAGUGAGCUCCAAAACAGCGCGAGACAGAGGGGUGGAGGGGACACGGGCUCUCAGGACCAUUGGAACCAAUAUCAUCGGUACGUGGAAGCGCAGGAGGACAUCAGGUGAAGGCAAUCACAUUUUCAUAAGGCUGCACAGCGGGAUCUGGACUUACUUGGCAGUGCUCGAAUCGGCGCUCGCAGAAAGAAAGAUGCCCAGGCGAUUCCUCCUCCCUCAGAUCUUCUUCGGCUUGUCUUUGUGGUUGGCAUUUACAGCACAGUCUUUGAUCUCUGCCGCGACCCACAGAACACAUGCGGCUGGGGGCAAGAGGCAAAGCUUUCUUGAGAGGACGUUAAUUUUGCUAGAUGUUAGUACGCGGAGUCCGGUGAAGGUUUUGAAUGACAACUUCCUAUCUUUGCAAGUGGACCCGUCUAUCCUAAAGAACGGAUGGCUGGACUUCUUAAGUUCCAAGCGGUUAGUAACCUUAGCUCGAGGACUUUCUCCAGCCUACCUGAGGUUUGGGGGCAAGAGAACGGACUUCCUUCAGUUCCACAACCUAAAGAACUUGGCCAAAUUCAGAGGGCCAGGACCGGAUUAUUACCUCAAAAAUUAUGAAGAUGACAUUGUGCGCAGCGACAUCGCGCUGGACAAGCAAAAGGGUUGUAAACUGGCCAGCCACCCAGAUAUGAUGCUAGAGCUUCAACGGGAGAAAGCGGCUCAAAUGCAGCAAGUUCUGCUGAAGGAGCAACUCUCCAACCUCUACAGCGACGUCACGAUAACAGCCAGGUCUUUAGACAAACUGUAUAAUUUUGCUGACUGCGCUGGACUGCAUCUGAUAUUUGGGCUCAAUGCCCUGCACCGAAAUCCUGACAACUCAUGGAACGCCUCCAGUGCCCUGAGUCUGCUGAAGUACAGCGCUGGCAAGAAAUAUAAUAUUUCCUGGGAGCUGGGCAAUGAGCCCAACAGUUACCGUACCAUGGUAGCCAGAUCAGUCAACAGCACUCGACUGGCCCAAGACCACAUUCUACUGAAGAAACUACUGCAGUCUAUACACUAUUACAGCCGUGCCCAUCUCUACGGACCCAACAUUGGCCGUCCUCGCAAAAACGCUAUCCUGCUACUGGAUGGGUUCAUGAAGAAUGGCGGUGCUGUUGUUGAUGCGGUUACGUGGCAACAUUACUACAUUGAUAGGAGAGUAACCAAAGUGGAGGACUUUAUGAAGACACGGCUGCUGGACACCCUGACAGACCAGAUCAACAAAGUGUUAAAGAUCGUUAAGAUUCACGCUCCUGAAAAGAGGGUGUGGUUGGGUGGAGUUGGGCCUGCAUGGGCUGGAGGCAUCAACAAUCUGUCAGACACAUUUGCUGCUGGCUUCUUAUGGCUCAACACACUUGGGAUUUCUGCAAUGCAAGGGGUUGACGUUGUUCUCCGACACUCCUUUUUCGACUAUGGAUAUAGCCACCUAGUGGACCAGCACUUCAACCCUUUACCUGAUUACUGGCUGUCUCUGCUCUUUAAGCGCCUGGUGGGCCCCAGGGUGCUGGCAGUGCAUGUUGCUGGACUCCAGAGAAAACCACGCCCAGGGAAAGUGAUCAGAGACAAGCUGCGCAUCUACGCACACUGCACCAGCUUCCACAAUCACAAUUAUGUCAGAGGAUCUAUAACAAUCUACAUCAUCAAUCUGCAUCGAUCACGAAAGAAAAUAAAGCUGGCCGGGACGUUACGAAAUAAAACAGUUCACCAAUACCUGUUACAACCAUUUGGAGCAGAUGGCCUUCACUCAAAGUCUGUGCAGCUGAAUGGAGAACCCUUGGCCAUGGUAGACAGCGACACAUUCCCUGAGUUGAAACCACGGACACUAAGAGCAGGACGAACAAUAGCCAUGCCACCCAUUUCCAUUGGCUUCUACGUCAUCAAGAACAUCAACGCCUAUGCCUGUCGAAGAUAAUGCACACUCAUUGACCUCAGACAAUCAAGCGCAAUGCACCAGCCCACUGUGGCACACCUAGUCCUUCUGGUUCUCUUGCCCCCCAGCACAGAGAUACUGAAAGGAUUGCCCUUCAUGCAGGCAAGGGUUGCACUGAAUUCCUUUCAACAGCAUUUCUUCUAUUCAUUUUCUUCUCCAAGACUAUGUCGGUUUUCUGCAGUCUUCUGUUUUUCUUGCAUACUGUUGUUUUUGCCUCCAACUGAGGUCGUGUCCCUUCGUAUUGUUUCUUUUUCUCUAUUUAAGGGAAUGUCAAGAGGACGCGUCUUUGAUCAGUCCAGUGUUUGCUUUGUCUAGAUGACUUAGCAAAAUCAAAAUAGUGGCCCUCCUAGAGCAUAAUAUUAAAUCAACUCCACAUAAAACCCAAGCGUCCUCGCUCACACCAGGUGUAUGCAGUUGAAAUUAUGGGUAGCUGCACUAGACGACACAUACCGUC